AACGUCUCGUUUUCCAGCGUCACGUCGUUUUUCUUGACAAUGUCUCCCCCUCCCGUCUCGCUCUCUCCUUCGCCUCCUUUUUUUCACCUCUCCCCACUCGGUGUCUCGUAGUUUAAAAUGGCGGCGUUGAGCAGCGCCGAGUCUCCACCGGCCGUCUUUAACGGAGAGACGAUGGCGCACGACGCGGAGCGGGAGCCGGGGACGGGACUGGAGGCGCUGGGCGCGGGGUUCAGCUCGGUGUGCACAGCGUGUUCCGCGUCCGCCGAGGCCGAGCAUCGCCACGACAUUCCCGAGGAGAUAUGGAAUAUCAAACAGAUGAUUAAGCUGACUCAAGAACACAUAGAGGCACUUCUGGACAAGUUUGGUGGUGAACACAACCCUCCAUCUAUAUACCUGGAGGCUUACGAAGAGUACACCAGCAAACUCGACGCUUUGCAACAGCGGGAGCAGCAGCUACUGGAGGCUAUUGGGAAUGGCACAGAGUUCUGCUCCUCCCCGACUCCAGCACCACUGGAUGGCAGGUUGGGUGUGACCCAAAGUUUGGCUGCAACCCCCAACACCUUGGCAGUGAUGCAGACCCCAUCGGACGCCACCCGUGCUAACCCACGUUCGCCCCAGAAACCCAUUGUCAGAGUCUUUUUGCCAAAUAAACAGAGGACAGUGGUUCCAGCUCGUUGCGGGAUGACCGUAAGGGACUCGUUAAAGAAGGCUCUGAUGAUGCGAGGUCUGAUCCCUGAAUGCUGUGCUGUCUACAGGAUUCAGGAUGGAGAGAAGAAGCCCAUUGGCUGGGAUACAGACAUCUCUUGGUUAACUGGGGAGGAGCUUCAUGUUGAGGUUUUAGAGAAUGUUCCUCUGACAACCCAUAAUUUUGUGAGGAAGACCUUCUUCACGUUGGCCUUCUGUGAUUUCUGCCGGAAGCUGCUUUUCCAGGGCUUCCGCUGCCAGACAUGUGGCUACAAAUUUCACCAGCGCUGCAGCACUGAGGUGCCGCUCAUGUGUGUCAACUACGACCAGCUUGAUUUAUUAUUGACGUCCAAAUUUCUGGUGCACCACCCAAUCACUCAGGAAGAGGUGUCCUCAGAGGGCACCACCCCUGUGUCAGAGGUGUGUCCAUCUAUCCCACCAUCUGACUCCACCGGGUCGCUGUGCCAUUCAAGCGUGUCCCCGUCCAAAUCCAUUCCCAUCCCUCAAAGUUUCCGGCCAGGAGAGGAAGACCACCGUAACCAGUUUGGCCAGAGAGACCGCUCUUCUUCAGCCCCCAAUGUCCAUAUCAACACAAUCGAGCCAGUCAACAUAGACGACUUGAUUCGUGAUCAAGGUUUACAGAGGUCUGAUGGAGGCUCCACCACUGGACUUUCGGCCACACCCCCUGCCUCCUUACCUGGUUCCCUGUCCAAUGUGAAGGUGCCACAGAAGUCACCGUGCCAACAGCGGGAGCGCAAGUCGUCGUCGUCGUCAUCUGAGGACCGCAAUAAAAUGAAAACAUUGGGCCGACGGGACUCCAGCGAUGACUGGGAGAUUCCAGAGGGUCAGAUCACUCUGGGUCAGCGGAUAGGAUCCGGCUCAUUUGGAACUGUCUACAAGGGAAAGUGGCAUGGUGACGUGGCAGUCAAGAUGUUGAAUGUCACUGCUCCCACUCCUCAGCAACUACAGGCCUUUAAGAAUGAAGUAGGGGUCCUCAGGAAAACUCGGCAUGUCAAUAUCCUGCUCUUCAUGGGCUACACUACCAAGCCACAGCUGGCCAUAGUGACGCAGUGGUGUGAAGGCUCAAGCCUCUACCACCACUUACACAUUAUCGAGACCAAGUUUGAGAUGAUCAAGCUAAUCGACAUCGCCCGGCAGACCGCCCAGGGCAUGGACUACCUACAUGCCAAGUCUAUCAUUCAUAGAGACCUGAAGAGCAACAAUAUCUUCUUGCAUGAGGAUCUGACGGUUAAGAUCGGUGAUUUUGGUCUGGCUACAGUGAAGUCACGUUGGAGUGGAUCACACCAGUUUGAGCAGUUGUCAGGCUCAAUCCUGUGGAUGGCUCCUGAGGUGAUCCGACUGCAGGAUAAGAACCCGUACAGCUUUCAGUCAGACGUCUACGCUUUUGGUAUCGUCCUGUAUGAGCUCAUGUCAGGGGCAUUGCCUUAUUCCAACAUCAACAACAGAGACCAGAUCAUCUUCAUGGUGGGCCGAGGUUACCUCUCCCCUGACCUGAGCAAAGUGCGCAGCAACUGCCCCAAAGCCAUGAAAAGACUUAUGGCUGACUGCUUGAAGAAGAAAAGGGAGGAGCGACCUCUUUUCCCUCAGAUCCUCGCCUCUAUUGAGCUCUUGGCACGCUCACUACCCAAAAUCCACCGCAGCGCCUCAGAACCGUCCCUCAACCGUGCUGGCUUCCAGACGGAAGACUUCAGUCUGUACGCUUGCGCCUCGCCAAAAACACCUAUUCAGGCUGGAGGCUAUGGAGAGUUUUCAGCUUUUAAGUAGUGCUGUCGACUCAACGCUCAUCCCUGGUCACUUUUUCAGCCGUCUUGUGUUCCUACAGUGGGUUCAUCCUUAAAACCGAAAAAAAAAACAAACAAACCCUAGUUUCAAAGAAUGUGCUGUUUUUUCUUCCUCUUUACCUAAAAAGCAAUGGUAUUGACAGAAUCACUAUUUAAAAAAAACAAUAAAAAUUUAAAAAAUAUAAGUAAUAAAAGCCUCAGCUGGGAAUCACGGCUGAUUUUAAAAAAUCAAAUAAAAUAAAAAUCACCAUAACCCAAAACAAGGAAAAGCGCAUACAAAAGAAACACUGAUUUGCAGAAACAUGGGGAUGGCCACUGGAUGAAAGAAGAGGUCGAAUGAAGGAAAUGAAAAUCGUGCCAUGAGAGAAGAGAGGGACCUUAACGAUGCCCCGUCCACUUCUUACAUACGUUAGCGCUGGCCAAUCAGUGUGCAGGACCAACACGUUGACCAGUGGGUGUGAUUCUGUAGUAGCGAGUGCCCCACCCUGCUCAUUACUCUCUCCUACGAAGCUCCAGUGUGAAGCCACAAGAUGUGAAUGUAUUUUUAUUUUUUUUUGCUGUUUUUUUUUUUGCUGUUUUUUUUUUUUUUUUUUUGAAAAAACAUAUUUCUCAGUCAACAUUUUCUUUCUUGGUGUUUUGCUUUGCAUUUUUGCUUUUAUUUUUUGCUAUUCAAGAACACGCACAUCUAGUACAUUCCUUCAAAUUAAAAAAAAAAAUAUAUUGAUAAUUCUGACGCUUUUCAGAGUUAUCCAUAUAGCCCAAAAGAGGUUACUGUGAGAAGCGUCAAGCUUCUUGUCGGCUGGAAUCGGUCGUCUUUAAUUCCGUUUACCCCCAUUCUUUUUUUUUUUCUUUUUUUUUUUUUUUCCAAACAUGGUUUGAGAGUUACAUUAAAGGAACUAGCUCUGAGCAUCACACCACAGCAGAGCCUCGAACAUCGUGUUACAGGUUUUAGCAAACCUUCAGGUGUCACAUGUUCAUGAAGUAAACAAGCUGCUUCAGUUCAUUAUUUUUAAACAAAUUAAGGGAUGUGUAUGGGGUGGACAAGACUGUUGAUCCAGGAUCAGUUGUAUGGAUAACAGUUGCUGAUUCUCCAUCAGCAUGUGUAGUUGCACACUGUAGAUCUUUCCGUGUCGUGUCCGAAGCGUAUGUCUUUGCUGCUGCUACACUCACUAUGACGUGGCCGUGUGAAAUGUUGCACUCGCAGACGUCCCCAGGUAUCUUUUUUGUUUCCCCGGCUUUGACUUCAGACUUCGAUGGAGGCAGGCCAUCCUUGGAGACUAAACAUUUGAAGUUUGCUACGUCUUCAUUCCAGCGUGUUUCUUAUGAAAGCUGUUUUUUUUUUUGUUGUUGAUGUUUCGUUCAUUUCCAUGGACAGGCAGGCCUGCACAAGUAGAUUUAUUUAUGUAGCUUUAUUUUUAUUUUGUGUGUGUGUUCUCUUCACCUCUCUGAGAGGGUUAUUUUUAAGUGUUUGUUUUCUGUGAUUGCGUAAAUGGAUGAUAAGCUGUGUCCUUUGCACUUUUCUAAUGCAGAUUGAUGCAAACAAGCAAUUUGCCUUUCUAUGGACAGAACAUUUUGUCAGAGUUUCAAGCAUGACUUAUUAAAAGAAAAAAAGUCUCAAUCACCACAGGAUUUAAGUCACUACACGCUAUGAGACAGAGCCAAGGGUAUAAAGCUAAAUUAAAAAGAAAAAAUCAUAACAUUUGACACUGUUGAUGAAAGCAUUCGGUUUCUAGUUAUAGAUAAUAGAUACAAGACUGAAUAAAAGGAGUAGAUCUGUCUGCUCUUGUGUUGCAUGAGACUAUACAUUGCUCAACGUCUCAUUUAAAGCUCCAGAUCCUCUCCGUGAUCCUUACACAGAUUGAAUGAAGGCUACAGCAACCCUGAUUCUUGCACUCUGUUACAUACAAGUUACAUAUAAGGAUCUGUAUCUGAUAGUCUGUUUCUCUUUUAAAGGGUUAGAUUGUAUUUUUUUUCCCUCUCGAAUAUGUUCUGUAAAGUCAUUAUACAGAAAGCUUCCACAAGGACGUUGGGAUUCUGUUGGAUAUGACCUGCUUGGUUCUCUGAUCCAAUUUUUAGAUGUUUAAAACGGACUAAUGUCUUGCCCUCAUUUUAGUCGGCAUACACAGUGUGGCAAAUUUUUAAGAGUUCCUUAUUUUAUAUGAGACCUUUCUUUCCAAUUGUGGCACACAUGGGGAUCUUUAUUAUUAUUAUUAUUAUUAUUAUUAUUAUUAUUAUUAUUAUUAUUAUUAUUUUCCCUUUCUGUUUUAGGGCCUGCUCAAUCUCAUUUCCUUACUUCUCACUCCAUCCUGCUUUGUUUCUUAGUUCGACUCCCUUUCCCGUAUCUUCUUCUGUUCCUUUGCCUUGCCUGCACCUUACAGUCUUAGUAGAAACGAAUUCAACUGAGAAACCAUCAUAGAAGCUUUUGGGAGACUCUUUUCACUUGUAAAUAGCUGUACAAAGAAAAUACUGUCUGUUUGCUAGGAGGCAUGGAGUUAAAACAAACAACGAAACGAGUUAUACAAUGUUUCCGAUGAAGAACUAAAGGUUAAGAAAAGAGAUUUUGAUAGAUGAAAUUCUGAAAAAAGAAAAUCUGUGUAAAAAUAUUUAAGACUGUAUAAUAUAAAAGGAGAAAGAGCUUAAUGUAUUUGUUGUGAAUAUGAAAAACUGAUAUAUUAAAGAAGUGCAUGAAAA